AUGAAAAUCGUCAUCCUCUUAGUCUUAGUGAUGUCAUCAUUGGCAAGGCUUACAUAUAGAAAUGACUUAUUCGGAAGAGAAGAGAUAGUCAAGGCCAAAAAUACAGAGUGGUUUACUUAGAAAUUAGACCAUAAUGAUCCAACAUCAUAAGAAUUUUUUAGAUAAAGAUUUCAUAUUUAUGAUGAUUAUGUAUAAGAUUAAUAGCCUGAAGCAGUUAUAUUAUAUAUUUGUGGUGAAUGGACAUGUAAUAUGGAAAUAAAUAUAUGAUAGGUGAUGGAAUUGGAAAAGGAUUAACAUUUGAUGCUGCAUAAUAAUUGAAGGCUGUAAUACUUGUUUUGGAACAUAGAUAUUAUGGCUAAUCUUAACCAUUUGAGGAUUGGAGUACUCCUAAUUUAAAAUAUCUAAAUAUCCAUUAAGCUUUAGAUGACAUAGCUUAUUUUAUCAUGAGCAUUAAAACAAAUGGAUACUUUAAUAUAAAACCAGACACUCCAUGGAUUCAUCUUGGAGGUUCAUAUCCAGGAGCAUUAAGUGCUUGGUUUAGAUAUAAAUAUCCUCAUUUAACAAUUGGAGGUUUGGCAUCUUCUGCAGUAGUAAGAGCUGUUGCUUGUUAUCAUGAAUACGAUAUGCAAGUUUAUCUUUCUGCAUUAGAAAGUUCAUAAGAGUAAUUAAAAUAAAAAAUUAAUUAGAUGUGUAGAUAGAAUUCAACAAGUAAAUUAAAAGAUUGAAGAUGAUUUGGCUACUGAUCCUACUACUAUUAAGGCAGCAUUUAAUGCUUCUGAAUUAAAAGAUAUUGAAUUCUUAUCAAUGAUAGCAGAUAUUUAUGCUGGUAUGGUUUAAGGAAGAUAAAGAUCAUAGAUGUGUGAAAGAUUAUAAAAAGGAAAUACUUUAUAAGAAUGGUUUGAUGAAAUAAUAUUAAUGGCUGAAGAAACAGUUGAUUAAGAGAGUUAUGGGUCUGAAUUUUUAAAAGAUAUUAAUAUUGAUUUCUCUAAGAGUUCAAGAUAAUGGACAUAUUAGACUUGUAUAGAAGUAGGUUACUUUUAAACUGCUAAUGUAUAUAAUAUAUAAUUAUAUAUUUAGCCAAAUGCAGAAUAAUCAACAAGAUCAUAAUAAUUAGUUCUUGAUUUCUUUAGACAAUUAUGUGAAUACUCUUAUGAUGUCCCUAUAUUUCCUGAUGAAGAUAGAACUAAUGCUUAUUAUGGUGGUCUUGAUAUAAAUGUGGAUCAUCUUAUUUUUUCGAAUGGAUCAGAUGACCCAUGGUAACAUGCUUCAAUAACAAAAUGGAAAUAAGGAAAAGAAUAUGAUGUCAAGUAUAUUAAAUGCAAGGAUUGUUCACAUUGUAUUGAUCUUAAGGCAUCUAGUCCAGAAGAUCCACCUGAAUUAACUCAAGCUAGAUAAGAAAUUCUAGCUAUAUUUUAAUAAUGGAUUAAUGAACAUCUAUAACAAUAGUAACAAAAAAAAUAAUCAUAAAUAAUUGAGUGA